UCCAUAUAGGUGUCCCCUGAAGGUAUGCCCUAUCCCGUGGAGGGGGGUCCCCUGGGGGUCGUCCCCUCACCACUUGGGUGUCCCUGUCCCCUGGGUGUCCCCAUCCCAUGGGGGGUGUCCCUGUCCUAUGCUCCCUGUGCUAGGGGAGUGUCCUGUGGGGUUGUCCCACAUCCCCUGGAGGGCUCCCCUCCAGUUCCCUGGGUGUCCCCCACUGUUGCCUCCCCCGCCAGUGCUGUCGGGGUCUGGGGAGCCCCAGGAGGAGGAGUGGGAGCUCAUCGCCCGCCUGGCCACGGCCUGCAGUGGGGUCCUGGAGGCCAUCGCCCGGGGGGGGCAUCAGCUCCGAGAGCCCCUCAACAUCGGGGUCCAGCAGAGCCUGAGCCCGGCGGUCCCUGAGGAUGAGUCCCGGAGCCUCUCAGAGAAGGUGGCACAACUGGAGGCAGCGCUGAAGCGGCUGCAGGAGGGUCUGCAGGAGGGCCACGAAGUGCAGCAGCGGCUCCAGGCUGAGCUCCGGGGGGCUCCGUCGCAGCACCCGGCGGCUGCAGCAGGGCCAGGAGGACGCGAACGCGCGGCUCAGCCGGCCCCCGGGGGGGACCCCCGACCUCUCCGGGGAUCCCUUGACAUCCCCCAACACCCCUUGAGACCCCUGGGGGAGACCCUCCGACAUCUGUGGGACUCCACAGGACUCCGGGACUGUGGCAGCCCCCUGGCAUGGGGGCACCUGCACAUGGCAUGGUCAGGGCUGAAGACGGCAAGUGGGGAGGACAUUGACGGCUCCUUUGAGCUGCAGGUGGAGGUGGAGGAGGGAGGUGCCAUGGGGCAGGGAGAUGCCACAGGGCAGGGAGAUGCUGUGGGGCAGCCCAGCCCCCCAGCAGCUCUCCGCAUCCUUGCCCUCCGUGUCACCGGGGACCUGCACAUUGGUGGCCUCAUGCGCCUCAUCGUGGAGACCAUUGGGGAGGCCCGGGACUGGUCGGACCACGCGCUGUGGUGGGUGCAGCAGCGGAGGUGGCUGCUGCCCCCCGGGCCCCCCCUGGACGCGCUGGGUGUCGGGGGGGGCUCCCGGCUCCGCUUUGCCCCCCGGCACCGCCCGCUGCGGCUGCGGCUCCCGGGCGGGCACGUCCUGCGGCUGCACCUCGACUUCGCCAGGACCCCCGGGCGGGGGGUGGCACGGGUCUGCAGUCUGCUCGGGAUCCGAAACCCCGAGGAACUUUCGCUGCUGCGUCCGGAGGAGGAGGGGGGAGGGGAGGGGCGGGGGCGGAAGGGCCGCGCCCCCGCCCAGGUCCCCCCCGACCUGGACCUGACGCACCUGCGGCCAAGGGCAGAUGAGGCCCCUCCCCCUGCGCUGCCCCCCGAGCAGCUCCGGGUUCUGGUGACCCCCCGGGGGGGGAGGGACCCCCCAACCUUCCCCCGGACCAGGCGCGGGAACCUCCUCCUGCGGCGCGCGCAGCUGCACGCGCGGUGGCUGGACGCCUCGCGGUCCCUGAUGGAACAGGACGUGGUGGACGACGAGGAGCUGCUGCUGCGCUUCAAAUACCCCUGUGCCAUGGGGCUGGACCCCCAGGAGGGCGGGCUGCGCAUUGCGCUGCUGCAUGAGCAGGCACGCGGGGCCCUCCUGGCAGAGGAGAUCGACUGUACCGAGGAGGAGAUGCUGCUCUUUGCUGCCCUCCAGUACCAGAUAGAUGGGGCAGAGGGGGGGUCCUCCCGCUGGCCGUUCUGGGGGUCCCGACCUGCCCGGGCCGUGCUCUCGGGGUCAUCACUGUCACUCUGGAGCCUCCCGAGAUCGGGGGGGCCCCCACAGCAGCUCAACCUCCGCGGCUGUGAGGUGACCCCUGACAUGGAUUUGGGGGCGCAGAAGUUUUACAUCAAACUGCGGGUGCCGACACCGGAGGGAAUGAGCGAGACCCUCCUGCGCUGCCGUGAUGUGGCAGCUGUUGCCCCCCCCCGCUUCCAGCGCAAGUUCAAGGCCAAGCAGCUCACCCCCCGUCUGCUGGAGGUUCUGCACCGUGUGGGGGCACUGACCCCAGGCCAGGCCCGGCUGCGCUUCGUGGAGGCCUGGAGGGCCCUGCCGGAGUUCGGGCUGGGGCACUUCGUGGUGAGGUUCCAGGGUGCCAGGCGUGAUGAGAUUUUGGCUGUGGGCCCCUCACAGCUGCUCCGCAUCGAUCCUGGCUCUGGCACCAUCACCCGCAGCUGGAGGCACAGUGACCUGCGCCAGUGGGACGUCAACUGGGACAGCCAGCAGGUGCGGCUGUGGCUGACUGGGGACGUGACGCUGGGGCUGCGGGUGCUCUCGGCAGCCCCCCGGGUGCUGCACCAGUUCCUGGGGGGGUAUCUGGUGCUAGGGGGGCAGCGGCCAGGGCAGCCCCCAGACCCUGAUGUGCUGAGGCGGCUGAUGGAAGGGGGGGAUGACCCCUGA